AUGAUUUUGGGUGUUUUAGUGAAAAAUCUAGAGGCAGCUGAAAAGAAAAGAAAGACCCUUCAAUAUAGUGGAAAUGAUGAUGAUGAUGAUGAUGAAAUAAAAGAAAUUAGCUUCAAGGACAAAGGAAAGAGAGUAGCUAGUGGGAGUGGAACCUACUAUGAUAUUAGAGAGAAGUAUUUGAAGCAAGAAGUGGAUCAAACAAUGAAAUUGCUUGAGGAGUACAAGCUAGAAUGGAAAAAAACAGGUUGUUCAAUAAUGUCUGAUGGAUGGACAGAUAAAAAAAGACGUUGUAUUUGUAACUUUUUGGUUAAUAGUCCUAAAGGGACAGUUUUUUUGUCAUCGGUGGAUACUUCUAAUAUGUCCAAGACUGCUGAUAAGGUAUUUGAGAUGUUAGAUGCCAUUUUGGAGAGGAUUGGGGAGGAAAAUGUUGUCCAAGUAGUCACCGAUAAUGCUGCAAAUUAUAAGGCAGCGGGACAAUUAUUAAUGGAAAAAAGAAAGAGUUUGUUUUGGACACCAUGUGCUGCCCAUUGUAUUGACUUGAUAUUAGAAGAUUUUGAGAAGAAGUUAGAGGUUCAUCAAGUAACUAUUGCUAAGGGGAGGAGAAUCACCUCAUAUAUUUAUUCAAGAACCAUUCUUAUUUCCAUGCUAAGGCACUUUACGAAAGGAAGGGAUUUGAUUAGGCCUGCUGCCACUCGGUUUGCUACUGCAUAUUUGACUCUAGGAUGUUUGAAUGAUCAUAAAAUGCAGCUGAUGACUAUGUUUACUUCCAACCAGUGGAGUUCAUGUAGGUUUGCAAGAAUAGAAGAAGGGAAACGAAUUCGAUUAGUUGAUUCAGAUGAGAAACCAGCUAUGGGUUUUAUAUAUAAAGCAAUGGAUGAAGCAAAAGAGAAGAUACAAGUGAAUUUUGGUUCUGUGAAAAAAAGUUAUAUACCUAUAUGGAAUAUUGUUGAUGCAAGAUGGGAACUUCAACUCCAUAGACCUUUACAUGCAGCAACUUAUUAUUUGAAUCCCCAUUAUCAUUAUAAUCCCAAUUUUAAGGUUAAUGCCAACAUUAAAAUUGGAUUAUAUCAAUGCUUAGAAAGGAUGGUGCCUAAUGCAAAUGAAAGGUGCAAAAUUGACUUACAACUUGAAUCAUUCAAGGAUGCAAAAGGGUUGUUUGGCAUUGACGCUGCCAAGACAGCAAGAGAUAAAAAAACUCCAGCUCAAUGGUGGGAUUCUUAUGGGGAUGAUUCAUCUGGAUGUGAGCGUAAUUGGAGUGCAUUUGAAAUGGUUCAUACAAAACGAAGAAAUCGUUUGCACCAGAAAAAAAUGAAUGACUUGGUAUUUGUAAUGUGCAAUCUGAAAUUGAAUGAUAACCAAGUCAAAAAGCAAGCUGGUGAUUUUGGUAUAGAAGAUGAUCUUUCAUCUGAUGAUGAUUGGAUAACCGAGGGAGAAAAACAUCCAAACUUUGAUUUGCUUGGUGCUAUUGACAGUGCAACACGAAGACAAAAUGGUGAUGAAGAAGAAAUUCCUAAUGAUGUUGAAAUGGAGAGUCAUGGUAUUGAAGAUGAUUUGGAUAUUCAAAUUGAUGAUAUUGGUGUUGGUACUAGUAGUAGCACUAAUGUUCAUAAUAUUGGUGUUGGUACUAGUAGUGAUACUAAUAAUCCUUUUGAUGCUAAUGAUAUUGAUGAAUGCUUGAGGAAUGAUAAGGAAGAUGAAGGGAAUGAAGCUGGUUUUAGUUUACAUGACACACCAGCAGAUUGUUUGUUUUAAGUUU